AUGUGGUCAGCCGGAUGUAUAUUUGCAGAGUUAGCUAAUUCCGGUCGUCCUUUAUUCCCUGGUUCUGAUGUUGAUGAUCAACUCAAGAGGAUCUUUAAACUACUUGGAACUCCAAAUGAAGACACAUGGCCUGGUGUAACCCAAUUGCCAGAUUACAAACCACUACCAAUUUACCAACCUAGCUUGGGACUUGCCCAAGUUGUUCCGAGACUUCCAGCACGGGGUAGAGACCUGCUAGCCCGUCUGUUGACUUGCAAUCCAGCUUUGAGAAUGCCUGCUGAUGAUGCAAUGGCACAUGCUUAUUUCCAUGACUUAAACCCUUCUGUGAAGAAUGACAGGUGU